ACGUAUUGAGCUCAAGAACGAUGCAAUAGACCAUUGUGACUGGAUCUGACGGCCACCGUUAGGAGAUGUAGCACCUGUGGAUACUUGCACUAGAACAGUCCAAGAUGCGCAUGAGACAAGGUCGAUGGAAGACACGCGCGCCCCCAAACGGGUCCGCAUGGAUCCCGCAAAGCUGAUAGAAACGAUUCCUUCGAGAGAACGAGACAUUAGCCCUCCAUUAAGAUCACGCAAAAGUCCAGCUGUUCGAGAGCGUGAACCUGUAUCGUUGGACAAGUGUCCAUCAGCAGCCAUCUCUUCGCCAUUUCGAUUAACAAGAAUCGCGGAUUUAUCUGAUGACGCGAACCUAGACGCUAUCGGGCUGGGUGAUAUACUUGGUGACCCCUUGAUUAAAGAAUGUUGGAACUUCAAUUACACCUUCAACGUUGACUUUGUGAUGCAUCACUUGGACGAAGAUGUGAGGCACAGCGUAGAGAUGAAGAUUAUACAUGGCUCAUGGCGUCGGGAUGAUCCUCAACGAGUCGCUCUGGAAGACGCGGCUCGACACUGGCCUAACGUGCAAUUGAUCACGGCCUAUAUGCCAGAGAUGUUCGGAACACACCAUUCAAAGAUGAUGGUUCUGAUCCGACACGAUGAUACAGCACAGGUCUUGAUUCAUACCGCUAACAUGAUCUUUCGCGACUGGAGUAAUAUGACGCAGGCAGUGUGGCUCUCACCCCUAUUACCUCUUCUAACAUUGGAGCGUCCUCAGGCAGCAUCGCAGCAGUCUCCAGCUGUUGGAAGCGGAGAAAAGUUCAAGAAUGAUCUGCUAAGAUACGUAUCUGCCUAUAAAUCUGGCCCACCACGCAGAGUGCCGCUACUGGGAAGACUUAGUUCGCAACUCGAAGCAUAUGAUUUUUCUGCAAUACGAGCUGCUUUCAUCUGCAGUACUCCCGGCAAGCACAGUCCUGAUGCCUCGUUCGGAUGGUGCGGUCUGCGCAGCAUCCUCAAGAAUAUUGAUUGUACAUCUAUUUCACCAUCGGCCAAACCCAACCUCGUAAUCCAAGUUUCUUCGAUAGCCUCACUUGGCUCCACCAAUGUCUGGCUCAGGAACUUGAUUUCAUACUUCUCUACUGAUAAACGUACAGGCUUAGAAAGAAGCCUUCGAAUGCUGCGAACUCAGAUCGUCUUCCCGACAGCGCAAGAGAUACGAGAUUCUCUUGAUGGCUACAUCUCUGGGAAUGCUAUACAUACCAAGCUUGCCACGGCAACACACGAAGCCCAGCUGACCUAUCUUCGUCCUUUCCUACACCAUUGGAGCCCUGUAAAUCCCCAUUCACGAGAGGGUGAUUCCCAUAGGCGCAACUCUAUGAGAGACGCCGCGGCCCCACAUAUCAAGACAUAUAUCAGGUUCACCGAUGCUGAGCAGAGGUACAUUGACUGGGCCAUGCUUACAUCUGCAAAUCUGAGUACACAGGCUUGGGGUACAGACAUCAAGGAUGGACUCGUCAGGGUAUGCAGCUAUGAGACUGGCGUAGUAGUUUGGCCUGCGCUAUGGGACGGACCAGAAGGGAAGGCAAGGAUGAUUGGUUGCUGGGGCAAGGACUUGCCUAGCGAUGAGAAUGAUACCCCCUUAGCCUUGGAUAUGAGCGAGGCGUACGAUCCAGAUGCGACGACUGACGAAGAUGUCACAGAGGACGAAGAGGAAGAACGCGAAAGAUUGGACAGGGGCCGAGGGAGGACUGUCCGUGAGACGAAAAGGGGUCCGCUUGUAGGGCUUCGCAUCCCAUAUAGCAUGCCGUUACAAAAGUAUGCACAGGACGAGAUUCCUUGGAUCGCAUCAAGAACCCACACUAAACCAGACAGACAUGGGCGAACCUGUAUUUAACGAAAUAUGUAUCAUAGCCCGUGCAGAUAGAAUGAUUACACGCCAACUCUGGUAACGAGAUAUGUC